AUGGCAGACGGCCACGUAGGCAGUGUCCAGCUCCAGCUUGGUGAGGGCCUCACGCGGGGAUCCCCCAGGAAUGGCACAGAUAAGAUGCACUUGAAUAAUGCUGUGGUCAGCACCCCUAUAGUCCCCCAGAUUGGCCUGCCACACUCCCACAGCAACCGCCUGCCGAUGACAAGCACCAUGCCCCUCCAGGCUCCAGACUACACCAAGUAUGCCACGCUCAAGGCUGUAGGAUCUUUUUGCUCUUUUGCAGAAAGCGCACCAGAGGAAUUCUACAAGCGGUUUCCUGCCGUAGACAUGCCACCACCAGGCACGCUGUCCUUCCCACCCAUGGGGCUGCAUCAGAAAGACACAACUACCCUGCAGGAUGGCUACCCCCUGGUCGGCUUGGCCACACCUGGGCAGAAGGCAAAAGUGGUGAAAACCAACGCGCACACCCUGGCAGCCAGCCCUGGCUUCAAGGGAGGCUGGGACCCUAGCCACCACCAUCACCACCCUGACAUCCGCCGACAGGUCUAUGCCACCAAGCGCCAGUUCAGUAUUGAGAAGCUGCCUGAGGUCUUCAGCCAGACGCCGUCCCACUAUGUCCCUCCCCAGCGGCACUUCUCCACCAAUAGCAAGACUGAGGUCACCGUCUAAAAAGGACCUUCAUCUUCUCUUUUUUUUUUUAAUAUCCCUGCAGCCUCUGGGGCUGGCAGUUAGCCAGUCGAGAACACCUGAUUGCAAGGUACCAGAGCUGCUUGCCUAUCACAGCUGGCAUUGCUAGGUUGUGUGGCAGGAGACAAGAGAAGGGUUGUGGGAGGACCCACCAGAACCGACACACCACGCACUCCCCCUCCCCCCCAGAGUACUUGGUUAACGUGCAUGGUGAACCAGGCAUGCAUGCUGUCCUGUGAUUGAUGCACGGCUUUUUUCCAGUUCACCUGUCCAUCAUCUCACUUCUGUAGCAGACUGGUCAGUGUUGAGGGAAGCCAAGGAGACUCCAGUGCGGUUCUCCGUGGAAUCACAUUGUACCAUUGCUAGAGGGAGGCACAGACCUCUUAGGGGAACGACAACUCUUAGAAGAUGGGAGCGAACAACAACCAGUAAGUCCCUUGGUGUUUGCCUACUUACCCUGUUCCCUCCCUCUUCCUCUUGAUGUCAUUUUUAAACCAGGCGACAGAAUCACAAGUACCGAAAGUAUAAAUAACUGUACAAACAAGCAGCUGUCAAGGGCUUGAGAUGAAUUUUAGACGUCUCCCUUUACCUCCUGCUGAGCCCUUUAUUCCCAUAGCAAAUACUGGGUUUGGGGGGCUGUACUGGGUUUGGGGGUUUGUUCAUCUCAAGGCUGCUUCUCCCCACUUUUCUGCUAUUCCCACUGCUCCCUCCCUCUCCCCCUGGAUCUCUCCAUCACCCUGUGUGGAGGUACUUGAGGUAUCAACAGGCCGGCUCAUCUUAGAAAACUCGAGUAAGGAGGUGCCUGCCAGGACAACAUGGAGGCUCUCAUGUAGCACUCAGCCUGGCCCUUGAGGGGUUGUGCCCCCUGAGGCCAGGAAUUACUGUCUUAUGCUGCUGUUGCAGGGGAAAAGCAGAGCAAACCUACUCUAAACUCUCUCCUGCCUGUGAUAGAAGUGGACUACAUGAGGCACAGCCCCCACCCUCCUUGUUUUCUCCACAGUGCACAGAGCAGUGGGAUUCCCUUCUCCCCCCAGUCCCCUGGACAUACUGCUGGGCUCCAAUUGUCCCACAACCUGGCCAGACCGGGGCCCUACUCCCUCCUGCACUUUGGGAAUCUCAAUCUGGCCCCCACCAACCCCUCCCCCCAAGCAUACAAAGUACCUGCAUAAUUUUUCAUAACUUUAGAGUUUUUCUGCACAUAAUUUUGAGUGGCUUCAGCAGGGGCCACCACCCCUGUAGUUUUCAGGCCACUGCACCUUAACACACACAGGGUCAUCUACGUCAUGAGUUUUACCUGUCAGCAGUUUGAGGUGCAGUUCUCUCCCAAACCUCUGAACCCAUCACCUUGAAACUUGGCAUGCUUUGUGUCCUCAGCAGGAGCCACCACCCCUGCAGUUUUCACCCCCCUGUGGUGUAACGCAUACACAUGACAUGAGUUUUGCUUUCAAGAAUCUGGGGUAUG